CGACUUUUUCAUGACCUCCUCGUCGAGUGCUAAACAAUACACAGGCGGAUGCCUAUGCAGAGCAAACAGAUACGAGAUCACGCCGAGCAGGCGUUUAGAAAUUGACGUCUGUCACUGCAUCGACUGCCAGAAAUCUUCUGGUUCGGCCUUUGCAGCAAAUAUCCGAGUGUCCUCUUCAGAGUUUCGCCUCACAAAAGGAGGCACGCCUGAUGUGCUUGGCGCGUUCCACAGCAGGAACACUCUGUCAGGCAACGAGGUUGUGAGGCACUUCUGCACGAAGUGUGGGUCGCCGAUCUACGGCAAUGCAACAGGGUUCGACGAGGUUGUUGUGAUCACGAGCGGGACAAUGGACGCGCCCAGCGAAGAGUGGGUGCCAAAGGCGGAGCAUUUCUGCAAGGACAAGCGCACCUGGAUGGCAGAUGUGAAGGGAGAGGGAAUCCCUCGCCAUCAUGCGAGCGCUAUGUAGAAGAAGCCAUUUUUGCUACUUAUCAACCCCCGGUUCAAGUUACGCAGACCGUAUAUCGCAGACAGUGAAUCGAUGACCUCAAUGAAUGAUACUCUAUGAUAAGCG